ACGGAGAACGAAGCAAAGAUGCAACUGAGGCCAGGGGGUCAUUUACGUAAUUUAAAAGCGUCAAAGUAGCAAUCGAUUGUAAGCGGCGAAAUUUUGCAUUUGGGCGCGUGAUUUACAGAAAAUUGUUCUUGUGUUGGGGUUUUCCUGCUCCCAUUUCUUCACAUUCAAAACCUCACUGCGAUACUAACACUUUCUGCUUGGACAAUAAAUAAUUUCAAAACUGAUGGCGGAAGAUGGGUUAGCAUCUCAUAGAAGAGACCCUAUCAAAUCUUCAGUUGGGAAUGUUGCGGCGCAAAAGAGGCGACAGAAUGCAGUGGCUGUGGGGAAGGAAAGGAGAGAAUCGUUGGUGCGGGCAAAGCGCCUUUGCAGAGUGGGAACUAGUGGUGAUAUUGAUACUCCACCUGACAGUGACAUGAUUAUUGAUGAGGAGCAAUCGAUUCUGGAGGCUCAAACUACUACAGCGGUGGACGAGUUGAAAUCUGCUAUUGCUUUUCAGGGAAAAGGUGCAAUACAAAAAAAAGUUGGAGCUCUUCGUGAACUAAGGCGAUUGCUAUCAAGAUCUGAGUUCCCCCCUAUCGAAGCUGCACUUAAAGCCGGAGCAAUCCCGCUACUUGUGCAGUGCCUUUCAUUCGGCUCUCCUGAUGAACAGUUGCUUGAGGCAGCAUGGUGCCUUACAAACAUUGCAGCAGGAAAACCAGAAGAAACAAAAGCGUUACUGCCAGCAUUACCAUUGCUUAUUGCACAUCUUGGAGAAAAGAGUUCCUUGCCUGUUGCUGAGCAGUGCGCAUGGGCACUGGGAAAUGUUGCUGGUGAAGGAGAAGAUUUGAGAAAUGUUUUGCUAUCCCAAGGAGCCUUACCACCUCUUGCCAGAAUGAUGCUGCCAAACAAGGGUUCAACCAUCAGGACAGCUGCUUGGGCAUUAUCAAACCUAAUCAAGGGACCAGAUCCUGAAGCUGCAACAGAACUCAUUAGAGUUGAUGGAGUAUUGGAUGCGAUCUUUCGGCACUUAAGAAAAGCGGAUGAGGAGUUGGCAACUGAAGUAGCAUGGGUGGUGGUGUAUCUCUCAGCCCUUUCAAAUGUUGCUACUAGUCUGCUGGUGAAAAAUGAUGUUCUCCAACUACUUAUACAAAGAUUAGCGACAUCGAACAGCUUGCAAUUGCUUAUUCCGGUGCUACGAAGUUUAGGUAAUCUUAUAGCAGGUGAUUCACACACAAUUUCUGCUGUUCUUCUUCCUGGACGUGAAAUCACCGAUAAUACUAUUGAGGUCCUAGUGAAAUGUUUGAAGAGUGAGCACCGAGUCUUGAAAAAGGAAGCUGCAUGGGUGUUGUCUAACAUAGCUGCUGGUUCAGUUGAGCACAAGCGGUUGAUCUAUUCUAGUGAGGCUGUGCCAUUACUAUUGCGCCUUCUUUCAACUGCUCCAUUUGAUAUAAGAAAGGAAGUAGCUUAUGUUUUGGGUAAUCUCUGUGUUGCACCAACAGAAGGCAAUGGAAAACCAGGCCUGAUCUUGGAGCACUUAGUUUCUCUUGUUGGCAGGGGAUGUCUUCCUGGUUUUAUUGACUUUGUUAGAUCGGUUGAUACAGAGGCUGCAAGACUAGGUCUUCAAUUUAUGGAGCUGGUUUUGAGGGGGAUGCCAAAUGGAGAGGGCCCGAAGCUUGUUGAACGAGAGGAUGGCAUAGAAGCCAUGGAAAGAUUUCAGUUUCAUGAGAACGAAGACCUGAGAAAUAUGGCGAAUGGUUUAGUCGAUAGAUACUUCGGCGAGGACUAUGGGCUUGACUCUUGAGGAAUAGAAUUCUUGAUGUAAUCUUAUUCGCAAAUCACAAUGUAAAAUAUGAAUCCAGAGAUAACCCAUGAACUAGAUCUCAAUCAAAGAUGGGUUGGUCUGAAGUCUGAAGAGGCAAAAUGUAAUAGUUUGUACCAUGUAACAUGUUUGCACAGGCAUUACUGUCUGAAUUUUUUCUUAAAUGCAGGUUUUGUCAAUUUUUUCCUUCAUGAAAUAGCUUAAAAUGUCAAAUUGUUGA